UUAAAUGCUAGCGGCCAUAUUAUAAUAGCAAACACUCAGAGCAGCAUUAGUUUGUUAAUGCUGUGAGCAGCAGACAUAUCUUUACUCAAACUCUCUGUGUAACGCUGUGUGAGGAUGAGUGGCGGUACGCCGUAUAUCGGCAGUAAGAUCAGUUUGAUCAGUAAAGCCGAGAUCCGCUAUGAGGGAAUUUUGUACACCAUCGACACGGACAACUCCACCGUCGCGCUUGCCAAAGUGCACUCUUUUGGCACUGAGAACCGCCCCACUGACCACCCCAUCGCACCCAGGGAUGAAACGUUUGAGUACAUCAUAUUCAGGGGAAGUGACAUCAAAGAUCUGACUGUGUGUGAACCCCCCAAACCAAUAUGCUCCCUGCCUCAGGACCCUGCCAUUGUUCAGUCUUCUUUGGGAACUUCCACUGCCCCACCAUCAGCCUUCCAGUCAGGAAACUCAUAUGGGCUCUUCAGCCGCCCACAUGUUGCCCCCUACAGCCAGUUCAACACCAACCCACUGCUCUUGCCACAGUUUGGGGCUGUUGGAGUGGGUCAUUCCAGUCCAGCGCUAGACCACCUGAGAAAGACCCCUCCAGCAGAGCCUACCGCCCCAUCAGCCCCUUUUGCAGCCACAGCCCCUGCACCCCCAGCAGUGACCCGCAAGUGCCCUGUGCUUACUCGCUCGACGUCCACCAACACCCAGCAACCUGUGGACCUGUUAGAGCAGAGGAGAGCUGCUGGUCCCCCGGCUGCUCGCCGGGGUCGUGAUGGAGGUCAUCGCGGUAAAGGUCGAUUUCCUGUCAGGAGAGAUGGACCCAUGAAGUUUGAGAAAGACUUUGACUUUGAGAGUGCCAAUGCACAAUUCAACAAAGAUGAGAUUGACAAAGAGUUCCAGAGCAAACUCAAACUGAAAGAUGAGAAGUGUGAGAAGGCUUUGAAUGGUGAGGAAACGGGUGAGUCAGGAGUGGACACUCAGAACAGUGAAGGAAACACUGACGAGGAAGAUUCACUCGGAGCAAAAUGCUUCUACGAUAAAUCCAAAUCAUUCUUUGACAGCAUCUCAUGUGUUGAUGCCAGGAAGGCGGCUGAGAGGUCUGUAGGAUCAGGUUACCCCAGAGCGAGGAGGCAGACGUGGGCGGAGGAGCAGCGGAUGAACGCUGAGACAUUUGGCAUCCCAUUACGGCGUGGUCGUGGGGGCUUCAGAGGUCGCUGGGGCAUGGGCUUCAGAGGUGGCUGGGGCCGUGGCAUCAGUCGAGGGUCAUUUGGAUCUUACACUGGCAGAAGUGGGUUUAGAGGAGGAUUCAGAGGAAGUCAAGGAGGAAGAGAGUUCUCUGACUUUGAUUACACGAGGGAUGACAAAUCGACUACAUAGUGAUGGGCGAUGGAUCCAGAAGACUUGAGAUAUGUUUAGGGUAAUACAUUUCAGGACACAAGUUUCGAUGAAUGUGUGUUGUAAAUCUGUCACCAGCACUGGGGUUCCUUUUGUCUGAAACCUGGAUGUAACAAGCAUCUACUCCUCCAAUUUUUAGGAGUGGAUCUAAUGCUAUUUUUUUUAAUUGUUGAAUUUGAACGGAGUAUUUCCAGAUGGUUUCAAAUAUAUUAUCACUUCUGAGGGAUUUUUGUUUUUACAUCCCAUACACAAACCUGUAUAAAAUAACUUGUUAUACACAUAACAUUCUGUGACCUUUGAUCACUUAAAUAGUGUUGUUUUUUUUUUUUUUUAGUGAUAAUAUAUCUUCGUUAACACUUAGCAUCCCUUUUUCUUCUCCUUAGCCAUUUAGGAAGUAUAAAAUAUCUGUGGAUUUAUCAGUCCUUGUACGAGGUCUGUUUACGGUGAGAUAAAGCUAUUAAAGAGAAGUGCUAAAAUGUAAGUUUCAAUAUUGAUCAAAUUUCACUCAGAUUUUAGAAUAAAUUACAACUUUGAAAUCUUUGGGAAAACUAUUACUUUUCAAAUCUGAAAUGGCACAAUUUAGACUGACACGAAAGGGUCCCGUCUAUGCAAAGUGACCUCAAUGAUGGGUUUAUUAUAUUAUAUUGAUUUACAUUUUACAAGGUACACUUUGUAGCAGAUAUUUGCUGAUGUGAAAAAUGUCACAUCUUUCCUAUGAAAAUAAUGCUACUCAGUGUAUCUACACACCAUUCUGCAGUAACUUUGACUAUUUAAGUUCUUGUCAAUUUUCAACGUUUUGGUCACUUUCUGUAUGACUGUCAUUGAAAUUGUAGUCCGUAUUCUUCAUAAACUCAAAUGUCAUGAUGGGAAAACGGUCUCUACACUCAAGCAGAAAAGCUUGCAAGACUUCUUGAAGGUUUACAUAUUUGUGAUUAUUUGAAACCGAGCACUACUUUUCCAGAUGCUAAUUUUACUGUUUAAUGUGAAUGUUUAAUCACAGAAUGCAAUAAAUUAUGCCUUUUUUUUUUUUUUUUCUGUCCUUGUCACAAAAGUUGGAGGUUUGAUUUAAGAGGCCAGUUUUCCUUUUUCGAUCCACUCACUUUAGAUCUGGUUUUCUAGAGAUAUGGUUAUGGUUGUUAGCAUCACUGCAAAAAUGUAUUAUUUUGUCUUAAUGUCUGUUGAUAAUGAAAUAAACUUUGAUUCCAUAUUGUAGCAUAUUGAAUUGCAAGUGUUUCAGAGCUCAGGGAUCAACAUUAUACUAAUGCUGUCGAUUAAGCGUUGCUUGUACUAAAACUGGAACUUUGCUUUAAACUGACAAGAAUGAAUCUUUAAUGUGUCUUAGCACAUGAAUAUUAAUAAUGUCAUUAAUUUGUAGGUGCUAGUAAUGGAACUGUGUAAAUUAUGUGGGACUAUAUUAUGAUUUUUGUGCAUGGGGGGGGUCUGUUAAUCUUGACACUUCAGAAUUUAUAUUUUGAAUUAUUGGUGCAUUUUGUGCCAGAUCCUUUCUUUUAUAGGUGUUUUACAUUUAUACCCAUGUAAAGGGGAAAAUGCUGCAUGCAAGUUUUGUCAGAAAUUACCAAAUUUGAGGCAAAUACUGUUUUGGAUGCGUCUAGAAAUACAACGGCAAUCCUUUUAAGGUUGUUCUAUACAUGUUUCUUGAGCCCCAGCUUGGUUUUUGUUCACAACUACAUGUAAAAAAAGUUUUUACUA